AUGAAACAACGGAAGUGGCGGCGAACGCAAUCCAAACCCGGUACCGACGAUGAUGAAACAGCAGCAAAAAGGAAUGGAGAAGGCAGAUUUGCACGACCUUUACCGGAACAGAAAAGAGUCCAAGUGUUGAUACCCUUGGCGGGAAAUGGUGACAGGAUGGCGAUCAGCUUUAUCUCCGCUAUUUUCACUAGAGGCACACUAAUCGAUUUCCCCAAUACUGAUAUCAACACUAUUGAGCCAACAUACGAGAUGGCACACAACGUGUAUGAAAAGCUUGAAGUUGAGUUCAAUUCAAGAAUAAGGGAAAGGUGCUACAAAUUUGAUCUGCAUGGACCCAAAUCAACUUUUGUGGGAGACUUAGAAGUCAAGAUCACGGAGUGCCUCAGAAACAACCUUGUCAUCAAUGCAGGAAAACAAAAGGAGUUUGAAUUUCGACAAUACCUAAUUGCAUCUCAAGCUAAGCUAAAAUGUCGAUUUUAGUUUGCAUAAAGACGAUAUUCAUUCAUAGUUAGCUUUUCGAGAGUGUUUUUCCCUUUUGUAUGAGAGAAGUUUAUCCCUGAAAUCAAUUCCCAAUGAGAUUGAGAAGGCAACAUCAAGCAUUUAGCCAUUACAUAAAGUUUUCAUCAAUAAACUUAGGAUUUUGAAUUCACACAGAGUCUGAUCUUUGGCAAAUUGAUGGAGAUUAGCUACUUUGUCGGUAAAUGCAUUAGAUGUUUUUUUGGAAUAGGUAAACGUAUUAGAUGUUUUUUUAGAAUAGGUAAAUGUAUUAGAUGUUUUUUUAGAAUAGGUAAAUGUAUUGGAUUAUUAUUAUA